GAUGCAACAGACCAAGGAUACCAAGUUAGAUAGGGAAAGCAUCUCUCUCUAUGCUUUGGAUUUCUCUCUCCUCCUCUACGCUAUUAGAGAGGAUCGCUGCAAAAUCUUAGAACGUUUCGCCUUGAAAAUGGAGUCUUUGGCUCUUCCCUCUGUAAACAUUCUCCCAGUUUCUCGUUCUAUUCUCCUCAGAGAACAGACCACGAAGUUAUCUUCCAUGGCGUGUUCCAAGUCUCUGCUUUUCGGAGGCAGGCCUAUUUCUACCACUGUUCGUCGCUGCCGACUGGGUCCUGUUUGGAUGCAAGCUGUAGAUGAAGAUAUUGAUUUGAAGCAAAUGAGAGAUAUGGCUGCUGCUAAGAAGCGAUGGGAUGCUUUGUUAAGGGACGGGAAAGUAAAGCUUCUCACACCGAGAGAAGCUGGCUAUGCGGAUUUCCGUCCCUCUUGUGAGCGCAACAAGGCAUGGGUGAAAGGCUCCUCCUGGAUUCCUAUCUUUGAUGACGAUGACGGCAUUGACCCUGGAACUCUUUCCAGAAAAGUCACCAACUUUAUGAUGGGGGGGUGGUGGAGUGGUGCCCCUACAGUGUCUUAUAAUCAACAAUUUUUGCCAAAAGUCGAGGAGAAAUUCCCGAAAGAUGUAGAACUGAUUGUUGCUUGUCAAAAAGGAUUGAGAUCUUUAGCUGCCUGUGAGCUACUGUAUAACGCCGGAUACAAGACUCUUUUCUGGGUACAAGGGGGUUUGGAGUCUGCUGAGGAAGAGGAUCUGGUCACAGAAGGUUCUCAGCCCUUGAAGUUUGCUGGAAUCGGGGGGUUUUCAGAGUUCCUCGGCUGGACAGACCAGCAAAGAGCUCAAGCUGCCAAAGAAGGUUGGGGGUAUCGGUUACUAUAUUCUGCUCGUCUGGUCGGAGUAUUCCUGGCUGCCGAUGCCUUGUUUAUCGGCACCCAGCAGCUGGCUCGUUAUCUUCAGGACUUUAGGGGUCACUAGGAUCUCAAUAGCCGAGUCAUGAGCUGCUCCAUUCCGAAGCGAUAACGGUAGCCAAGGUAGAGGAUGACAGGACCUUCUUGCAUUUUGACGUCUCUUGGACAUGUUUCUGUGUUGUGACAGAAUUUCUAUGCUUAACCCAAAAGUUUUGCAUCUUGAAAUGAUUUGAUCUCCCAUUGAAGUAAAAACUGUAGUUUGAUUCUCGUCUUUUCCACGAAAUGAGAACCCACUUCCUAUCAGUUGUCUCUCGGCUUCGGUGUCGUACAUACACGAGAUGGAGUUGUACAUGUCCGUAUAUGAACGGUUAUUUUUCCUA